AUGAGAACUGGACACAGUGUUCCAGCAGUGUUUGAAUCAGUGCAUCUUCACGCAGUCACCAAAGCUAUCAACUUUGAAGCUUUAGAUACUGAGAAAGGGGAGAACUCCCCGGGAGCAUCAUUAGCAGAAGUUCAGAAGAUGAAGAAUUCCCUGGAGAUGUUCUGGAAUUUGGACAUAUGUGCAAAAGAAUAUGCCUACCUGAAAGGAAUUAUUCUCUUUAACCCUGAGCUGCCUGGACUAAGAUUUCGUCACUAUGUGCAAACCCUGCAGCUAGAAGCGCAGCACACUCUGAUGGAAUUUAGUUCAAUGAUGUACAACCAAAACGUAGGCAGAUUUGCUUGGAUUCUUGGGCUGCUCGCCAGCCUCAAAGCUGUUACUGCAGAGAGUAUUGCAGAGCUUUUCUUCAGACCUAUUUUAGGAGAGGUCAACAUAAAUGAAUUACUACUAGAAACUGUAUAUUUCAAGCAGGACCUACUUUAAAAACAAAACACCUUCUUGUAUUCCACAAGAAGAAAGAUUUCAGAGAGAAUAGAGUUUUGUGCUUGAUAUAUGAAAAGGUAUACAUA